AUGGUCGUUGGACAGAUGUCGGCGCCAAAUGGCCUGCUCAGCUCGCAACACCACGGCCUGUUGAGCACUGCCUCGAUGGUGGCAGCAUCCGCGGCGGCCGCCGCAGCGUCCACCACUGCCACCGCCAACAUCAGCAGCAGCCUCUCGCCCGGAUCCUCAGGACUACUCUCUUCCUCCUCCUCUUCCCAUCCAAAUCUCAUUAAAUUGGAGUCCCCUGUGGGCAUCAACGGAAGUCGGUCCUCGAGCAGCAGGGCGAGCAGCAGCUCAGGAGGCAGUCAGGCGUCACCCUCAACGCCGAGCUCCAGCAGCAAGGGCAAGCACAACAGCCACCAGCACAGCAAUGGCGGCUCAAGGACUUCGUCGCACAGUCUGGCGACGCUUGCAGCCGCCAAUGGAGGCUGCAAUGGCGGUUCCAAUGGGAGCGCCUCCUCAGUGGCCUCCAGCACGACGCCCAACUCGCUGUCGGUGGAGUGCGUCGUCUGCGGCGACAAGUCCAGUGGGAAGCACUACGGACAGUUCACCUGCGAGGGCUGCAAGUCCUUCUUCAAACGCUCCGUCCGGCGGAAUCUCACCUACAACUGUCGCGGCAACCGCAACUGCCCCGUGGACCAGCACCACCGCAACCAGUGCCAGUUCUGCCGCCUGAAGAAGUGCCUAAAGAUGGGGAUGCGACGCGAAGCUGUCCAGCGUGGUCGUGUUCCUCUGACGCCCACCCAUCCUGGGGCCUUUGCCGUAAACGGCGGCAGCAAUGGCCACGGCGGAGGCGGACAUGGUGGUCAUAGUCAUGGUCACUCAUCAUCCUCCGUUCCCUCGUACAACCUCUCCUCCUAUGUGCAGCUGCUGCUGCGAGCCGAGCCCUACCCGGAGCGAAUUGCCCAGUUUGUGGCGCAGACGAGCACCAGCGGCAUGAUGCCGGUGGACACCGUCUGCGAGUUCGCCGCCCGCAUCCUCUUCUCCGCCGUACAGUGGUCGCGCAACAUUCCCCACUUUCCCGAGCUGGCCAUUCAGGACCAGGUGGCGCUGAUGAGGGCCGUCUGGAGUGAGCUCUUCAUCCUCAACGCCUCGCAGUAUUCGAUGCCUCUGAAUGCGGUCUCACUGCUGGCGGCGCACAUUGGCGGCGGAGCACCUGAACGAAUGCUGACCUUCAUGGAGCAGAUGCGCAGUCUGAACACUCAGGUGGAGAAGAUGACCAGUCUGCAUGUGGACAGUGCAGAGUACAGCUGUCUCAAGGCGAUUGUCCUCUUCAAUCCAG